AUGGUUAAACUCGAUGCAACAUAUGAAUACCUCACAGAAGAAGAAAAACGCUUGAAGCAAGACAGGGAUAGGGAAAAGUACUGGAAAAAAUGGGGUCCAUACGUAGCUGAGAGGCAAUGGGCAACAGUCCGUGAAGAUUAUAGUUCUGAUGGCGAUGCUUGGAGCCAUUUUCCUCAUGAUCAUGCUCGUUCAAGAGCUUUUAGGUGGGGUGAGGAUGGAAUUGCGGGAGUCUCUGAUACCCAUGGCCUCCAAAACAUUGCAUUCGCAUUCUGGAAUGAAAAGGAUGAUUUCCUCAAAGAACGUCUUUUCGGUCUCUCAAAUCCUCAGGGAAACCAUGGCGAAAGUAUCAAGGAGGCCCAUUUUCAUGUAGAUAAUACACCUACCCACUCCUACAUGAAGCUUCUUUACAAGUAUCCGCAAGCCAAAUUCCCAUACGAGGAACUCAUCAAGGAGAACGCCAAGAGGGGCAAAGCUGAGCGAGAGUACCAAAUUAUUGAUACAGGUAUUUUUGAUGAUAACAAGUAUUGGGACAUCAAUAUAGAGGUAGCCAAGGAAGGUAACGAUCCAGAGGAACUACUAUUUCGUGUGACAGCUUGGAACCGUGGCCCAGAACCAGCACCUUUACACAUUAUACCUCAUGUUUGGUUUAGAAACACAUGGGCCUGGGGUCACGAACCUAUCGAACGAAAGCCCGCUAUUCGACAAGUCAGCGAAAUGAUCGCGCAAAGUAAACAUCACAAGCUAGGUGAAAGGUAUUUUCAACUAUCACCGUCUCCUGGGAUAGGACCAAGCGGGCAGGAUGUUUUGCCGGAGUUAAUCUUUACAGAGAACGAUACAAAUUUUGCUCUCCUUUAUGAGGGGAAAAACCAACAGCCCUACGUAAAGGAUGCCUUCCAUCGCCAUAUUGUGAACAAGGAAAAAAAUGCCGUAAACCCAAAGAUGAUAGGGACCAAGACGGCUGCUUGGUAUGCGUUCAAUGAAGGUGGUGGUGUGGAGCCUAAUGAAUGUGCGGUUGUUAGAUUUCGACUCUCCAAGAAAUAUGAAGACUACAUGGAUGAAGAACUCUUUGACAAUAUAUUUGAAAAACGAAAGGAUGAGGCAGAUGAAUUUUUUUACCAAAUUAAUCCUCUACCCAUGACUGAAGACAUACGAAACAUUCAGCGCCGGGCGUUUGCAGGAAUGAUGUGGAACAAACAGCAUUAUCACUUUGUCUGGAGCCAAUGGGCGAACGGCGACCCAAGCCAGCCUGCGCCGCCUCCGGACCGUAAGGCUAUUCGAAAUACAAACUGGAAACACAUGCACCUCGAUGAUAUACUAUCGAUGCCAGAUUCAUGGGAAUACCCAUUCUUUGCUGCAUGGGAUUCUGCUUUUCACUGCAUUCCCUUGGCCAUGAUCGACCCCGACUUUGCUAAGAAACAGCUUGAUCUUUUCACUAGAGAAUGGUACAUGCAUCCAAAUGGUCAGUUACCUGCGUAUGAAUGGAACUUUGGAGACGUGAACCCUCCGGUUCACGCAUGGGCCACAUUUAGGACGUUCAAGAUUGAGCGUAAGAUUUAUGGUCGACAGGAUCUAGAUUUUCUUGAAAGAGUUUUCCAGAAACUGUUGCUCAACUUUACCUGGUGGGUAAAUCGCAAGGAUUUUGACGGCAAGAAUGUAUUCGAAGGUGGCUUUCUCGGGCUUGACAAUAUAGGUCUAUUCAAUCGAUCAGAGCCCCUACCUACUGGUGGAGUACUCGAGCAAGCUGAUAGUACUGGCUGGAUGGCCUUUUAUUGUCUAUGCAUGCUUAAUAUUUCCUUGGAACUUGCAAAGCAUCGCCGAAUAUAUGAGGAUAUUGCUUCAAAAUUUUUCGAGCACUUUAUCCUCAUUAGCGACGCAAUGACGUUUAAGUCAGGAUCCAAAGAAGAGAAGUCACUCUGGAAUGAGGAAGAUGGCUUCUAUUAUGAUGCUAUCUCUUGGGGUGGACCUUGGUCACAACAAUUACCUAUCAGAUCCCUCGUUGGGCUAAUACCAUUAUUCGCAACUCUGACUUUGGAACCGGAGCUAAUCAACAAGUUACCCUCUUUCAUGAAACGUGUCAAUUGGUUUAUUGAAAACCGAAAUGAUCUCGCUGAGCGGAAUAUGGCUAGUAUCAAGAAAAAAGGGAGGGAAAAUAGAAUUUUGCUAUCUCUCGUAAGUAGAGAUCGUCUAGAAAAGAUUCUCACUCGCAUGCUUGAUGAAGAUGAAUUCUUUAGCGACCAUGGUAUAAGGUCAUUGUCAAAAUAUCACGAAAAGCAUCCCUAUACAAUGGAAGUAAAUGGGCAGGAGUUCAAAGUUAGCUAUAUUCCAGGUGAUUCUGACAGUGGUUUGUUCGGCGGUAAUAGCAACUGGAGAGGGCCCAUAUGGCUCUGUGUUAACUUUCUACUCGUAGAGUCACUUCAGCGAUUCUAUAUGUUUUAUGGCCCUACAUUCGAAGUCGAAUGCCCAACUGGUUCUGGAGACUUAAUGCACCUCGGUCGUGUUUCUGAAGAAAUCCAGCAUCGUCUACAGCAUCUUAUGGUUUGUGGAGAUGAUGGGAGACGUGCCAUUAAUGACGGAAACGACAUGCUCGAUUUUGAUGAACACUGGAAAGACAAUUUAUGGUUCUACGAGUUCUUCGACGGAGAUACAGGCCGGGGAUUAGGUGCGACUCAUCAAUGCGGAUGGACUGGCCUGAUGGCACGAAUAAUUCAUGAUACUGGAAUAAAUUGUCGACUUCCACAAACCCCCAGAACCCCUUCGACUGGAAUGGCUCAUUAUUUUGAUGAUAUUUUCCAUCGUCAUGUACAAGAGAAGCCCAGCUCCAAACCCUCACGCCCCUUCCUGCGGAGAUCAUCAACAGCCAGAUCAAUCGGCGCUCGCUCUGACUGGGACGAUACUCGUUCAGCUAAUGGCUCUGUUGGGCAGGACAGUGCGGAAAAAGAGCAAUUGAGAGAAGCUGCUGAUCUCCACACUGCCAACUAUGUUUCUGAACAGCUUAAGAUGUUGCGUGAUCACACCACCGUUGAUGGAUUGAUUGAUGAGUACGAGGCUCAGUUAGACUGA